AUGAACCACGUUAUCAUUCAAAGAUUCGCCAACCCGCUAGGAUCAUUAAACUGGUUGAAUCGGGUUGCGGUGGUUAUAACGGUCAUUAUCGCAUUAGAGCUGUGGACAACAAAAGCGCCGAUUAUGCUCGUCUAUGUCCGACUUUUUGGCAUCAAAAAGUGGCUCGAAUACGUCUGCUAUACUAGUCUUGCGAUUUCAGGCUUGGCUUAUAUCUGCGCCAUGUCACCCACCUUCAUGCGAUGUGACCCUAACGCCAAAUCGGCGACUCUCGAAGACCUUGGAUACUGCACCACAGGCACUACCCUGACGGGGGUCAUUUCUGGGUUCAUCGCUCUAGCCCAGGAUGUGUUGAUCUUUGUCUUGCCCAUGCCUCUCGUCUACCAGCUCCACCUUCGACCCGCGAAGAAGCUAGCCGUGGGCGCGGUCUUUUUCAGCGGUAUUCUUGGGAUUGCGGCCUCCAUCGCGUCACUUUAUUUCAAAUAUCGGGCAUACAAGGGAGCGACAUCGGACACUCUCUCUACCAUGCUCUGCGCGUAA